AUGAGCUGGCGAUGCGCCGCGCGCCGCGCCGGGAGGACCGGCCCCGCCGCCCGCUCUCCUCCGCCGUCGCCGCUGCUGCCGCCGCUGCUGCUGCUGCUGUGGACCGCGGCCCUGGCGCCGGGGGCGGCCGCCGGCGACGAGGCGGCUCCCGCGGGGGCCUCGGUGUGCUACGCGUCCCCGCCCAGCGUGGGCUCGGUGCAGGAGCUGGUUGAGCGCGCCGCGGUGGUGAUCGAGGGAAAGCUGCACCCGCCGCGGCGGCGGCAGCAGGGGGCACUCGACAGGGAGGCGGCGGCGGCGGCCGCGGGCGAGGCAGGGGCGUGGGGAGGCGAGCGCCCGCCGCCGGCCAACGGGACCGUGCCCGCCUGGCCCACCGGCCCCGCGCCCAGCGCCGCCGGGCCCGGAGCCGAGGCGCCCUAUCUGGUGAAGGUGCACCAGGUGUGGGCGGCGAAAGCCGGGGGCUUGAAGAAGGACUCGCUGCUCACCGUGCGCCUGGGCGCCUGGGGCCGCCCCGCCUUCCGCUCCUGCGGGCGCCUCAAGGAGGACAGCAGGUACAUCUUCUUCAUGGAGCCCGAGGCCAACAGCAGCGGCCGCGCGCCCGCCGCCUUCCGAGCCUCCUUCCCCCCUCUCGAGACGGGCCGGAACCUCAAGAAGGAGGUCAGCCGGGUGCUGUGCAAGCGGUGCGCCUUGCCUCCCCGCUUGAAAGAGAUGAAGAGUCAGGAGUCUGUGGCAGGUUCCAAACUAGUGCUUCGGUGUGAGACCAGUUCUGAAUACUCCUCUCUCAAGUUCAAGUGGUUCAAAAAUGGGAGUGAAUUAAGCCGAAAGAACAAACCACAAAACAUCAAGAUACAGAAAAGGCCAGGGAAGUCAGAACUUCGCAUUAGCAAAGCGUCACUGGCUGAUUCUGGAGAAUAUAUGUGCAAAGUGAUCAGCAAACUAGGAAAUGACAGUGCCUCUGCCAACAUCACCAUUGUGGAGUCAAACGAGAUCACCACUGGCAUGCCAGCCUCAACUGAGACAGCGUAUGUGUCUUCAGAGUCUCCCAUUAGAAUAUCAGUAUCAACAGAAGGAACAAAUACUUCUUCAUCCACAUCUACAUCUACAGCUGGGACAAGCCAUCUUGUCAAGUGUGCAGAGAAGGAGAAAACUUUCUGUGUGAAUGGAGGCGAGUGCUUCAUGGUGAAAGACCUUUCAAAUCCCUCAAGAUACUUGUGCAAGUGCCCAAAUGAGUUUACUGGUGAUCGCUGCCAAAACUACGUAAUGGCCAGCUUCUACAAGCAUCUUGGGAUUGAAUUUAUGGAAGCGGAGGAGCUCUACCAGAAGAGAGUGCUCACCAUCACCGGCAUCUGCAUCGCACUGCUCGUGGUUGGCAUCAUGUGUGUGGUGGCCUACUGCAAAACCAAGAAACAACGGAAAAAGCUUCAUGACCGGCUUCGGCAGAGCCUUCGGUCUGAAAGAAACACCAUGAUGAACGUAGCCAACGGGCCCCACCACCCCAAUCCGCCCCCCGAGAACGUGCAGCUGGUGAAUCAAUACGUAUCUAAAAAUGUCAUCUCUAGCGAGCAUAUUGUUGAGAGAGAGGCGGAGACGUCUUUUUCCACCAGUCACUACACUUCGACAGCUCAUCAUUCCACUACUGUCACUCAGACUCCCAGUCACAGCUGGAGCAAUGGACACACUGAAAGCAUCAUUUCGGAAAGCCACUCUGUCAUCGUGAUGUCAUCCGUAGAAAACAGUAGGCACAGCAGCCCCACUGGGGGCCCGAGAGGACGUCUCAAUGGCUUGGGAGGCCCUCGUGAAUGUAACAGCUUCCUCAGGCAUGCCAGAGAAACCCCUGACUCCUACCGAGACUCUCCUCAUAGUGAAAGGUAUGUAUCAGCAAUGACCACCCCGGCUCGUAUGUCACCUGUAGAUUUCCACACGCCAAGCUCCCCCAAGUCACCCCCUUCGGAAAUGUCCCCGCCCGUGUCCAGCACGACGGUCUCCAUGCCCUCCAUGGCGAUCAGUCCCUUCGUGGAAGAGGAGAGACCCCUGCUCCUUGUGACUCCACCACGGCUGCGGGAGAAGUAUGACCACCACGCCCAGCAAUUCAACUCGUUCCACUGCAACCCCGCGCAUGAGAGCAACAGCCUGCCCCCUAGCCCCUUGAGGAUAGUGGAGGAUGAGGAGUAUGAAACGACCCAGGAGUACGAACCAGCUCAAGAGCCGGUUAAGAAACUCACCAACAGCAGCCGGCGGGCCAAAAGAACCAAGCCCAAUGGUCACAUUGCCCACAGGUUGGAAAUGGACAACACAGGCACUGACAGCAGUAACUCAGAGAGCGAAACAGAGGAUGAAAGAGUAGGAGAAGAUACGCCUUUCCUGGCCAUACAGAACCCCCUGGCGGCCAGUCUCGAGGCGGCCCCUGCCUUCCGCCUGGUCGACAGCAGGACUAACCCAACAGGUCGCUUCUCUCCGCAAGAAGAAUUGCAGGCCAGGCUCUCCGGUGUAAUCGCUAACCAAGACCCUAUCGCUGUCUAA